GCACAUGGAGGCUUUACUUCCUUAUCCUGGCUGACUGCGCUCAAUACAUCUAGUUUCUGUCGAAUUCUUCUUAUCUUGGCAGCUAUUGCCGCAUCUUGUGAUGUUUGGAGGAGCCCACGUGAAGAAGGCUCCACUUGCCUCCCGCCGUCCUCACCUUCGCCCUCCUCACCGUCGUCAUGGCUCCCACUCUGGCCACGGCCCACCGGCGGCGCUGGUGGAUGGCCUGCACGGCCGUGGUGGAGAACCUCUUCUUCUCUGCCGUCCUCCUGGGCUGGGGCUCCCUCCUCAUCAUGCUCAAGUCCGAGGGCUUCUACUCCUACUUGUGCCCCCCGCCAGAGAACUCCACCAGCUCGCCGCACACCAGUCCCGCCAACUCCUCCCUGGCCAUGGGCAACCGGACGGUGGCAGCAGCCUUGGCGGCCCCAGAGCCUGAGGUGCGCAUGAACGGCUGGCUGAUCUGCAAGGAGCAGGAUGAGAUGCUGAACCUCGCCUUCACCGUGGGCUCCUUCCUGCUCAGCGCCAUCACCCUGCCCCUGGGCAUCGUCAUGGACAAGUAUGGCCCCCGCAAGCUGCGGCUGCUGGGAAGCGCCUGUUUUUCUGUUUCCUGCGUCAUGAUCGCCUAUGGAGCCAGCAACCCGGACUCUCUGUCGGUGCUGAUCUUCAUGUCCCUGGCACUGAAUGGCUUUGGGGGGAUGUGCAUGACCUUUACUUCGCUCACGCUGCCCAACAUGUUUGGCGACCUUCGCUCCACCUUCAUUGCCCUCAUGAUUGGCUCUUACGCCUCGUCGGCCGUGACCUUCCCAGGAGUCAAGGUGAUCUAUGACUUUGGCGUCUCCUUCAUCCUCAUCCUGGUUGUCUGGGCCUGCUGUGCCGGCCUUGUCUUCUUCAACUGCUUCUUCAAUUGGCCCCUUGAGCCCUUCCCAGGCCCAGAAGACAUGGACUACACGGUGAAGAUCAAGUUCAGCUGGCUGGGAUUCGACCACAAGAUCACCGGGAAGCAGUUCUACAAGCAGGUGACGACGGUGGGCCGACGCCUGAGUGUGGGCGGCUCCAUGAAGAACCAAAAGGAGCAGGCUGCCCUGCAGGAGAGCAAGAACCUCUGCCUCUCCACUGUGGACCUGGAAGUCAAGUGCGAGCCGGACAGCGCAGCCUCCCCGUCCUUCAUGCACAGCGUCUUCAGCCCCAUCCUGCUGCUCAGCCUGGUCACCAUGUGCGUCACGCAGCUGAGGCUCAUCUUCUACAUGGGCGCCAUGAACAACAUCCUGGAGUUCCUGGUGGACGGGGAUCUGCAGACAGUGGACCUUUACACCACCAUCUUCGGAGUCCUGCAGCUCCUCUGCCUGAUGACGGCCCCCGUCAUCGGAUACAUCAUGGACUGGAAGCUCAAGGAGUGUGACGACGGCGCUGCGGACGAGGCGGACGAGGGGAGCGCCCCCAGCCAGGGCAGCAAGAAGAAGCGCCGAGACAGGCAGAUCCAGAAGGUGGAGAACGCCACCCGUGCUUUCGCUUUUACCAAUCUGCUGCUGGUGGGCUUUGGGAUCACCUGCCUCAUUCCCAACCUGCCUUUACAAAUCCUCUCCUUCAUCUUGCACACCAUCGUGAGAGGGUUCAUCCAUUCUGCCGUGGGCGGCCUCUACGCAGCCGUGUACCCCUCCACGCAAUUUGGCAGCUUGACAGGGCUGCAGUCUCUGGUCAGUGCCCUCUUUGCCCUCCUGCAGCAGCCCCUCUUCCUGGCCAUGAUGGGGCCCUUGGAAGGAGACCCUCUCUGGGUCAACGUGGGGCUCCUGGGGGCGAGCAUGCUGGGCUUCUGCCUCCCGCUCUACCUGAUCUUCUUCCGCCGGCGGCUGGAGCGCGAGAAGCAGCAGAAGAGCGAAGAUGCCAAGCUCUUCCUCAAGAUCAACGGCACACCCAGCCAGGAGGCCUUCGUCUAGGAGGUGGCUUCUCUUUGCCGGACUGGGCUGGGAGCCUCCAUGGGCAAAGGCAGCACAUCUCCUCCCACUCCCUGGUGGUGCUGCUUGUGCCCCCCUGACAGCUCCUGCCUUGUCCUCCUCUGCCCAGCCUCCAGAGACAGGCAGCGGCUGGGCCAGCAUGGGCCUCACCUGAGUCCUCAACGGCCCCACACAGCGUCACGCCUCUCCUGCUCCCUCGCUGCUUGUUCACGAGACUCUGGUGCCGCAGGGGCGCAGACUGGUCUGCAAAAGCAGAGCCCCUUCACUGCCCCCAACUGCAGCUUGCGCCAGUGCAGGACACAGGUGCUCUCCUGCCGCCCUCCUCUGCCCUCUGCCAUUCCUGGAGUCCAGAAGCAAGCCUCUUCCCCCUGCCUCCAGGCGCCAGUCCGUCCUCCAGCCUGACGGGGCGGGGAGAGGAGGGGAGCCCAACGGGACUCUGCAGACUGACCUGGGCAACAGCCACGGACCUCUUCGUUCUGCUCCGGACAGGCCUCCUGGCUACUUGCUGCAGGGCAAGGGGCUGCCUCUGGGCCACUGAAGGGGCAAGGAAGAUUGGGGGGCACAUCCAGCUGGUCUGGAUCUAGGGGCGGGGGAGCUGGGGCCCUUCCCUGGCUGCCCACUAAAGGGCUGGUCUGAUGUGAAGCUGGCACUGAAUUUUGCAGGGUUGCUGGGAGCCGGGUGUGUGUGUGUGCGGAGCUUGCUCUCCUCUCUGGCUGGGGAGGGAGCGGCUCCUGCUUUGCAAAGCAAUAAAUAGGCUGGCGGGGGGGGGGGCCUAGACUGAGCUCCAGGGAGGCAAGCUUGAUGAAUGUUCCCCUAUCCCUUUCCUGAAAGGGAUGCCACAAGCUUGCCCACCCCUCUCCAUCCGUAGCUAUUUGGGGAUCUCUCAGGCCAAGGCGGGUCAGGGUGGCAGAUGUCUUUGCCCCGGAAGGUACUUGGGCUCGCCUUGAUCCUCUUCUACUGGCAGCCUGGUGGAGCCGCUGCGCCCCCUGGUGGCCGACAGUCACUCCACAGGGAGGGCCAUUUACUCACAGGUAGUGACAAUGGCAAGGAUGACACAGCCUGUUUUGUGUGUUCGGAACAACCUCCUCCCCUGCUGUCUUGUCUCUUAAAAAAAGGAAGAAAAACCCA